AGAGAGAGAGAGCACGAAAAGAGCAUAUUUUUAAUAAUGGGAUUUUCCUAUUCACUGUUUAUACAAAGCAACACACACAACUUCUGGUAUACAUACAAAAUGCGGAGGCACAGUACUCCCUCUCUCGCUCUCGCUCUCUCUGUCGCUGUGUUGUUUUGGUACUGCUAUAUUCUCCCCCCGCCAGACAGUGACUGGUAUUGUUUUGUGAAUGGGGAGCUUUGUUACUGCUGUUGCUUUUGUUGUGCGCUAAUGGUUGUGUUGUUGUUGUUGCUGGGCUGAGUAUUAUAGUGGGGACCAGCAGCAAAUCUAGUCUGCUGUACAUUCAUAUCGUUUAGUCUUUAACAUUCUCUUGAUUCUGCGCGAUCGUGUGACGCCGUUUCUUUGUGGAUUGUUUUUGUCUUAUUUUUCUUGGCUUUUGCAGUUCUUAUACGAUUUUACUUGGAUAUCUUGUUGGAGAUUGUGAAAGAAACAAGAAAACAAAAAUAUGAAAGAUUGUUGUGGUUGAUUUUGAGCCAAGUUAAGAAGAAAAAGAUUUAAAAGUGAAUAUUAAAAUCGGUUUAUAGGCUGGCUGGCUAGCCUGCCAACACAAAACAAAAUCCAAAUUGAAAUAAAUAAAUUUGUGGAGCAAUAAAAGUGAAAAAAGUGGCCAUAAAUGUUUAUGAAAUCAUUUUCCAAGAAAUAGAAAAACGUAACCGCUCUUUCUUGUUCUUAUUCGCUACUAUUGAUCGAUCGAUACUGGUUCGGUUUAUAGGUUUUUUCUUGUUUCGCUGGGCGACUCUCCCUAGCAAAAAACAACAACAAAAAAGGGGAGAAAUAACAAACAAACCAAAAUAAAAAAAGCAAAGUGAAGUGUGUGUAAAAAAAAAGAAAAGUUGCGCGAAAAAUACAGUGAAUGUGCGAGCGAGCAUAGAAAGAAGAAGGAAAUCGUCAAAGAAAAACACACAGAAAAUAGAAAAGUCUGCAAGCCAAGAAGCAGCAUUGGGUCGGCCGUCCCCCCUUUCGUGUGUGUGUGUGUGUGUGUUAGUGUGCGAGUGCGAUAGUUCAAAUGGAAGUGUUGCUGAUCAUUAACCUUUUAGUGCUCAAUCUCCGUAGCCAUCACUCCGUAGCUAGAAGAAACAUCUGUUCAUUCGGUUCGGUUCUUAAUGAGCAGCAAUAGUCAGUUAGUUGUUGCCCGACCCAUUUGCCAAAGUUGAAAGCAAGAAAGAAAAGAAUAAAAAAGAAAGGCGUAGGCAAGUCAUUAAUAAUGAAAUUGUGAAAUAAAACGCAAAGCAAAAGAAAAGAAAGAAAAUUGCAAAAGUUGCCAUAACAAAAAAUAAUUCAUAAAUCAAGUAGCCACUCACUCUCUCUCUCUCCCCCCAUGUUAGAAGUUUGGGGCUGUUACUUGCAAGUGCCAAAUUAGAAAAUUAAGUGAUCUCAGUGAAAAACAAAAUUGCACCAAACUCCAAUCUAUUCUAUAAAGCUAAAGAAACCCAUAAAACGCGCCUAUUUUUAUCGAGAUUUCAUCAUCGCUAUUAACGCUUGGAGAAUACACCGCGCGAUCCAUGUAUCUACAAGUAAACCAUUUGGUCUGAUCAUUAUCAGUAGCACAGCAAGCAGGCGAACGUCAUUAGCUGUUCGGCCUCCCCUCCACGCUUACCCCUUUCAUUAUAACAGCAAAAAAACAAAAACGCUUUGAGGUCUGGUCCGACAGCCACUUCAUUUAUAGCAGCAACAACAUACAGCAGCCGCCGCAGCAGCAGCAUUUCUUGUGUAUUCUUAGAAAUUUAACAAACAAACACACAUAUCUACAUACAAUACAUAUUCAAUAUCUAAAUAUACCUACCUACCGACAGAUCGACCGACCAUCAUCAUCAUCACAGCCAAUGGUUAACAUAGAAUACAAGCCAAAGCAAAAACCGUCCGAACGCCGCCACCGCCGUCGCCUGAUAUUAAAACAAAAAUAACAAGAAGAAGAGAGGCGCAGGAAAAAUACACACAACACAAAACGAAGAGAUCGUCGUUUUUGUCGCCAUCAUCAGCGCAAAUCGUCGUUGUCGUCGUCAUCGUCAUCUUCGCGCGUUGUCGUUUGUCGUAAUAUCGAAGUAGCUUAGCAGAAAAUCAACAAACAUAAAGAAAACCUAAAUUUAUCUACGGCAAACUUCUUGCCAUUUUUACUCGCGUGCUGCCUGCCCGCCCCCUGCCGCCUAUGCUAUUCGUCUAAUUUGGUUCUUGGAUUUAUACGCGCCAUUAAAUUUAGUUCAUUUGAGUAGAGUGUUUUCCUUCCUCGAUAUUGUCAAGUUUUGAAUUUGUUCUUGUUGUUGUUUCAAUAAUCAAAAUCACGCAUGAAAAACAUUACCAGCUCAGGCACUUGCGGCAGCGGUCUGCUGCAAUUGCAGAAUAAUUUGGUCGUUAGCCAUCAAUUGGAAAACGGUGAUGAUACAAAACAAAAAGACGGUAUAGUCGGCCCUGGCACAAUAACCUCACCGUGGACGCCAGUGAGCGCCGGUCCCCCAGGAGCCCUGGGACCGGGCGACUCCAAUGGCAGUAUGGUUGACAGUAAAAAUCUCGAUGUGGGCGAUAUGAGUGAUGACGAAAAAGAUCUCUCAAAUGCCGAUGCUGAAGGUGUUUGGAGUCCAGACAUUGAACAGAGUUUUCAAGAGGCCCUCUCCAUAUAUCCGCCAUGUGGUCGACGAAAAAUUAUACUCUCAGACGAGGGUAAAAUGUAUGGACGCAAUGAACUUAUCGCCCGUUAUAUCAAACUGCGAACCGGUAAAACGAGAACCCGCAAACAAGUCAGUUCUCAUAUACAAGUUUUGGCCCGUCGAAAAUUGCGUGAAAUUCAGGCGAAAAUCAAAGUUGAGCCUAACGGAGUUAUAGGUGGUCCCGGUUCAGCCAACAAUGCUGCCGUCUUGCAUUUACUUAGAGAAAAGGAGAAAACCUUACAGGCCAUGUCGGGCAUGACAAGUUCCCAGAUCGUUUCCGCACAGGCGGUAAAAGAUCUAUCACUGUCCCUUACUGCCGGUCUACAUCCGCAUGCUGUGCAUCCACAUCACACACAUCCACACUUAAAUCCCCAUCAUCUCCACCACCACCAAUCCAGCCACUUACACAGCCAUUCGGCCACCACCUCCGGAAACCACCCACAACAUCCACACCACCUACACAAUCACCUUCCGUCCAGUGUAGCCGCCGGAGCUGCUGCCUCCGUCAAUUCUUUGGUUCAUCCCUUGCGCUCCGAUAUGAGUGGGUCAACGACGACACAUUUAGCACCACCCCACCCCCAUCAUCAGCAAGCGGCAAAUUCGCAAUUUUGGCAACCUGGUCUCCAGCCCAGCACUUCACAAGAUUUUUAUGAUUACAGUAUAAAACCAUUUGCACAACAACCAUAUCCCGCCGGUAAACCAUCAACAGCUGUAUCUGGUGAUAUUGAAGCAGGUCUUCCACCAGCCCAGCUGCCGUGGGAGGGACGGGCGAUAGCAACGCACAAAUUUAGAUUGUUAGAGUUUUCAGCGUUUAUGGAAAUGCGACGAGAUGAAAUUUACCACCGGCAUUUGUUUGUACAGUUGGGCGGUAAACCUUCCUUCUCGGAUCCCUUGCUUGAGACCGUUGAUAUCCGACAGAUCUCUGAUAAAUUCCCUGAAAAAUCAGGUGGUCUUAAAGAUCUCUAUGAAAAAGGUCCACAAAAUGCUUUUUAUUUGGUUAAAUGUUGGGCCGAUCUUAAUACCGAACUCACUGGUAGUGAAACUGGUGAUUUCUAUGGCGUUACCAGCCAAUAUGAAAGUAAUGAAAAUGUUGUCUUAGUGUGUUCGACAAAAGUCUGCUCCUUUGGCUCACAGGUUGUGGAAAAGGUUGAAACAGAAUACUCACGCUUAGAAAAUGGUCGCUUUGUAUAUCGUAUAGAACGCUCGCCAAUGUGUGAAUAUAUGAUUAAUUUCAUACAGAAAUUGAAAAAUUUACCUGAACGAUAUAUGAUGAACAGUGUAUUGGAGAACUUUACAAUAUUGCAAGUAAUACAAUCCCGCGAAACACACGAGACCUUACUCUGUAUAGCGUAUGUCUUUGAGGUGGCUGCCCAGAAUAGCGGAGCUACACAUCAUAUUUAUCGAUUAAUAAAGGAAUAGCAUGAACUUCCCUCCAUCAAUGACA